CUUAACCUUAUUCCCGCGUCUGUGGCUGUGGUAUAUUAUCUUCUGUUGCGACCUAACCCUAAGCCCUUCGUCAUCACGUCCGGUCGCUGCGAAGAAAGCCGAGAAGGAUCCCCAGGUCAUCAACUCUUCUUUCAGCCCUUGCCGAGCCGCAGAGCCGUCACUGUCGCUUUUCACUUUCUCGGUGCAGUUUACUUCGUCAGUUUCUCACUCUUUGACUGCUCGUUUUCGAGUGUUUCAUGGUGGGUCGGACGUUGGAAAUAUUGGAUUUAAAUUUUGCUCUGUCAGCUCCCUCGUUUUCUGGAAUAGGGUGGGGCAUUUUGUUGGUUUAAGGUGAAAUGCAUUUGCCGAUAACAACAUUCCUCAACUUUUUGCUUCCUCCAACUAUUUAUUUAUUUAUUUCAUUCCACUUUCUUGUACCUUGGAAAUCUUAAAUUUGUAUUCGAUUGUUAUCUUCGUACUUGGGCUGUAAGAGCCAGCACUAGAAGGAAUCAACAACUUGGUACCAUGCCAACGUUUGAGUUUUAUUUUCUUAAUUAUGCUUUUGUGCAUCCCGUGUACCGAAUUGGCCCAAAGAAUUUCUUCAAUUUAUGUCCUAUUAGUUGGGAUUUAUGGACUAAAGAUCGUGACUUAGAGAUCCACCUUCUUGAAUUUUGUUUCCAUUUUCUUAAUUGAUAGUGCAUUGUUGUAUUUCUGUAUCAAAAAUUUUAUGUAGUUUUUCCACUGACGACUUGGAUAAGCUGGACCAAGAGUAUUAGCUACUUAUAAUAUAACACCAAUGUUUUGUAUGACAAUGUCCUUAAAUAUGUUGAUAUGAAUAGAAGAAAACAUUUGCUCCAUUCCUCUUUGGAAUCAAAUGCAACAUAAUUGAGGAUUUCACCGAUCAUCUAAAGUUAAUCAACAGAGGACAUCCUACAUAUUUUUUCAGGAUUGUUUUCUCAAUGCUGUUAAGAGAGCUGAGUAAGGUAAACUUAAUCAUGUAUGUCACUUACCUCAUCUCAUGACACAGAUGCUUUCUUUAUGAUAGAUGACAAGCGCUUCGACAAAUAUGAGCAUUGCAAUCAUACAUAGGGAUAUAGAGAGGGAAUGGGAGGAUCAUUGUGGAGUUAUGGGUAUUAUUUUUAUAAAUGGAGCUACUUGCUCACUCUCAGAAGAGCUAUGCACUGCUAAAUUUCUGGAGAGGAUGAGGAGAUACAAAAUUUAUUUCAAUAUUAUUAUACCUUUGGAGCAUCUGGGAGCAAAUGAGCAAUGGAAUUGUGGAGCACGGCUCACAUCGAGGAUUGCUCUCUUGGUUUGCUUCAUUGUUUAUUGUUCUGCCUUAUUUGGAGAGUAAAAUUGACGAUGCCGAUGGCAGUUGGUUACGGUGGAAGAUGGUGUUUCUUUCCUUUUGAUGAUUUGUUAAACAGAUGCAUGAUGUUAUGACAUAUGUGUGCAGGAAUAAUAUUCAAACUUCCUUGGAGUAAUUUGUUGCCUUGAAGAUGAGUAGUCGUUUUUCUCGCACAAUAUAUGUUGGAAACUUGCCUUCAGACAUAAAAGAGUAUGAAAUUGAAGAUUUGUUCUACAAGUAUGGCCGAAUUUUGGAUAUUGAAUUGAAGAUUCCACCACGCCCUCCAUGUUAUUGUUUUGUGGAGUUUGAGAGUGUUAGGGAUGCAGAAGAUGCAAUCAGAGCUCGUGAUGGAUAUAACUUUGAUGGUUGUCGUCUAAGGGUUGAGCUUGCACAUGGUGGUAGAGGCCCUUCAUCUAGUGAUCGUCGUAGUAGUUAUGGUGGUGGUGGUGGAGGAGGAGGAGGAGGAGGAGGAGGAGGGGGAGGGGGGGGAGGACGUUUUGGUGUUUCAAAACGAUCAGAAUAUCGAGUUAUUGUACGUGGUCUUCCGUCUUCUGCUUCUUGGCAGGAUUUGAAGGAUCAUAUGCGUAAGGCGGGGGAUGUGUGUUUUGCUGAAGUUUCACGUGAUAGCGAAGGGACGUUUGGGAUCGUUGAUUAUACUAACUACGAUGACAUGAAAUAUGCUAUACGAAAACUUGAUGAUACUGAAUUCAGAAAUCCUUGGGCGAGAGCAUACAUUCGGGUGAAGAAGUAUGAUGGAAGUCCCACUAGGAGCAGGAGCAGGAGCCGGAGCCGGAGCCGGAGCCGGAGCAGAAGCCGUAGCCGAAGCCGGACUGCUAGACGAAAUAGGAGCAAAUCAGCAGAACGACGAUCUGUCUCUAGAUCAGUUUCAAGAUCGAGAUCUCCAUCUCCUGUUAAAUCUUCAAGGCCACGGUCAAAAUCAAGAUCUGGAUCACCACGUCAGGCACGAGAAGAAAGCGGGUGAUGCAAAGCUAUUAUUAUAUGCGUGGUUGUUAUAAUAUUCAGGAUGUGACAUUGCCUUGGAAUUCAUUUUAGUUUAGGACCUAUGCAGUGCAGACUGGUUAUAUGAGGGGUUGAGUUAGAUGGAAAAUGGCAUGAGUUGUAUGGAUUUUCUUUUGAAUGCUUCCUACACUUUGUUUGGAGACAUUUUUAGGUAUCUGCAUUCUCAAGAUACUUGCAGACUGGUUUCCCUGCUGAUAACUACUCAGAUUUUGUUUGAAAGUUGAAAAUGAAAUUGUUAUUAAAUGGGAUUUUAGACCUUGUAAUUAUAAAUUUUAGACCUUGGAUA